UUUAAAAAAAAAUUGUGCAAAAACAAAGUCACAAAUCGAGCUCAACAAUAAUACUGGUUGAACGAUCGUAUUGGUUGACGCCAGAUUUUAGAAACACAACGUACAUCCCACGGCGGUCGUAUAUCGCGAGAUCUGAUUCGACCCAACGGUUUUUCUAACGUCCGCCUCUCUUGCAUGGAACACGCCAUCUUGUCCCGCCGAACAGAAGAAGAAGACAUGGCUGACUAUAGUAACGUGGCUCCGCCGUCCUCUAACGCCGGUGGAGGGAUGAACGACGCUUUUAAAGACGCUCUGCAGCGAGCGAGACAGAUCGCAGCGAAGAUCGGCGGAGACGGCGUUGCAGCACCUCCAUCAAACGAGUUUGGCUACGGAGGCCAGAAAAGGCCCUUGGAGGACGCUGGUGGGUAUUUUCCCAUGCCUAACCCGAAUAUCGAUCAACCUGAAACAAAGAAAGUGGCUACAAAUGAUGCCUUUUCAGCGAUGGGAGGAAUGGGUGGUCCUCCGAGGUCAGCUUCAGAAGAAUUCAAGGUUCCAGAUGGAAUGGUUGGAUUCAUUAUUGGAAGAGGAGGUGAGCAAAUAUCACGGUUGCAGCAGGAGUCUGGUUGUAAAAUACAGAUUGCUGCAGACAGCGGAGGAAUGCCAGACCGGUCAGUGACAUUAACGGGAGGUCCAGAAUCAAUCCAGGCUGCAAAAAGACUACUAACAGAGAUAGUUGAGAAAGGCCGUCCAGCACCCGCAUUUCACCACAAUGACAAUGCAGGAAUGAGUGUACAGGAGAUCAUGGUUCCUGCCUCUAAAGCUGGGCUGGUCAUUGGAAAAGGAGGAGAAACCAUCAAAAGCUUACAAGAGAGAGCUGGAGUCAAGAUGGUGAUGAUCCAAGAUGGACCCCAAAACACAGGUGCAGACAAACCACUUCGUAUUUCUGGGGAGCCCUUUAAAGUUCAGCAAGCCAAAGAGAUGGUAAUGGAGCUGAUCAGAGAUCAGGGCUUCAGGGAGCAGAGGGGAGAGUAUGGUUCCAGGGCUGGGGGUGGAGAUAGCUUAGAUGUCCCUGUUCCCCGAUUUGCAGUAGGAAUUGUUAUUGGCAGAAAUGGAGAGAUGAUUAAGAAAAUACAGAGUGACACUGGUGUCAGGAUUCAGUUUAAACCAGAUGACGGCAGUGCACCAGACAGAGUAGCCCAGAUUAUGGGCCCUCCUGACCAGGCUCAACACGCAGCAGAUAUCAUAACUGACCUCCUGAGGAGCGUUCAAGCUGGAGGACCACCAGGACAUGGUGGAGGCAGGGGGCGUGGACGUGGACAGGGCAACUGGAACAUGGGGCCCCCUGGUGGUUUGCAGGAAUUUUCCUUCUCUGUACCAACCAUGAAGACUGGCCUCAUUAUUGGAAAAGGUGGAGAGACAAUCAAGGGCAUCAGCCAACAGUCUGGAGCCAGAAUUGAGCUUCAGAGGAAUCCUCCCCCUAAUGCUGAUCCUAACAUCAAGAUGUUCACAGUCAGAGGUUCUCCUCAGCAGAUAGAUUAUGCCAGACAGCUGGUGGAGGAGAAAAUUGGGGGACCUGUUACUCCAAUGGGUGGUCCUCAUGGCCCACCUGGUCCCCAUGGAGGUCCAGGCCCACAUGGUCCCCCUGGCCCUCCUGGACCCCCUGGGGCACCAAUGGGCCCAUACAACCCUGGUCCAUACAACCAGGGUCCUCCAGGACCACAUGGUCCUCCUGCUCCUUACCAGCCUCAGGGAUGGGGUAAUGGCUACCCUCACUGGCAGCAGGGACAACCUGACCCAAAUAAAGCAGCAGCUGAUGCAAAUGCAGCAGCGUGGGCGGCCUAUUAUGCACAGUACGGACAGCAGCCACAGACUCCCCUGACACCGACCAGCGGAGCUCCGGGUACAACUCAGACCAACGGUCAAGGUGACCCACAGGCUGCAGGUCAGAGUGGACAGGCAGAUUACACCAAGGCCUGGGAGGAGUAUUACAAGAAAAUGGGUCAACAGAGUCAGCAGCCUCAGGACUACACCAAAGCCUGGGAGGAGUACUACAAGAAACAAGGCCAAGCAGCCCCUCAGGCAGCCCCCGCCGCAGCGUCACAGCCUGGAGGCCAGCCAGACUACAGCGCUGCCUGGGCAGAGUACUACCGACAACAGGCCGCCUACUACGGCACAACAAACACUCAGUCCAUGGGUGCAGCGCCGCAAGCCCCCCAGGUAAGCCCGUGACUUGACUUGGCCGUCCACAUUCUCGUGUAUGCGAUGGUUUUGUGCUGUGACCUCCUUCUUUCCACAGCGAUUUCACAGGGUUCCAGUGGCCGCAGCAGUUACACACACACCUAACCAAAACUACUUCCUCCCACUACAGGGUUUAAACUUUUUUUUUUGGGAAGCUGAGUCCAGUUUCUGCUGUUAACAUGCAACGUAUCUUCUAUGUAUUUCUUCUGCACAGGGCCAGUAAUGUGAAGUGGACUUAAAGUAAAUGCUACAUUGUCGAAACAAAAUCCUUUGUUAAAUGUUUGGAUGCAGACGCCUUGAUGAAGAUCUUAUAUUUCCUUGGUUUGAAAGUGUUUCACACAGAUGGCAGAUUUCCCAGCGAACACGUCCUCUCUCUCUCUUAUGUUGAAUUUUUUUUUUUUUCUUGUAAAUGGUUUGUUUUUAGUAAGGUAAUUAUACAUAAAUGGUCAUUCCAGCCCUGUAUCUACAUAAAAUGUGGUUAGAUCUCAUGUUUAUGAAACUGUUGACAUUACCAUGUAAAUCAUCUCAGUUUUAAAAUGCUGUUGCCUGUUGUGUUUUUGCAAUAAAACAAACUGAAACCUCCUGUGUCGGUAAGUCGGGUUGGGUUAGGAAGGUGACGAUAAGAAACCUGUGUGGGUGGGUCGUUAGAUAAGAGGUGUGUAAUUGUUAAAUGAUCAGUUUGCUGUCCUGUCUCUCUCCAAUUGUCCUUAAGGCUCUUAGAUACGUUAAGUGCGUGCAAUAAUUCCCCAGUGGCUCAGACCAACAAAAUGUUCUUGUUACAUUUCUUUUCCCCCCAUCCUCUUUGUCAAUAGAACGCUGACAGGUAUCUGUGUAAUGUAAAUUACGCAUGGACUGCAUUGUGGUGGCACUCGAUCUUUUUAAAAUAAUCUUUGCCUGGUUUGUUCUGUAAUUAUCCAUGAAAUACGCUUCCUCCUUCACAGGCGAGUUUAGAAAAGCGGUAAGCAACAAUGUUAUUCCUCAACAUGAAAUCAAUGGCGAAUUUGUUGUUGCUAAAAAGAUUUUUUUUUUUAGUGUUCCGCACAUCCAUUUUUAAGCUGUUCUUUCGCUGAGGACAGUUUGCUCUGAUUGCCUCUGUAUGGAAAAUGCAUUGAAACGUUUGUCAUGCCCAUUUUCUCUUGUGAACUAACUCACAUGUACAAGUCUGUUUUUAAAUACUGUUUUUUUAAUAUAAAAUCGUUGCAAAAAGUAUUUGCUGUGGCCAUUCUGUUAGACUUGAUCCGAUCUAGGAAGGUAGAUGUUGUAGGGCGGUGGUGGCUAAGCAGUCUUCAUCCUCCCUCCUAUACUGUAAGUACAAACCUGAGAUUGACUUAAAGAGAUACACGUCCUUUUGUGAUGCUUUUGAAACUGAGAAAAAUGUAGUUUUUUAAAAAAGAAAAUAUUGUCAAAAAUUGCAAAUUUGUUUUCCCCCCCUCGAGUUUUGGGUAAGUACCAAAUAUUGAGAGGAGUGGCUUUAACAUGUGACGUUGAUUGUUGUAUCACAUGUUUCUGAGACUUUCACUGACUCAUUACAAUGUGAUGUAGAUUCUGCUUGUCCAUGCAUCUCGGUAGCUUUUUCUGUGCCAGUUUGGAUUUGUUGGAUUUUCUAAAGUGAGGGUUUGAACAUCAGCUUCGUUCUGCACCACUGGUAGGAACUGUUCACGGUUGUCUCUUUGGUGUAUGUUAAAUGCCAUGUGCCAUUGCUUAGGUCAGAGUCAUUGUUCUGAUUUUUGUUGUGAUUAAUUGCAAACAAAAAUUUGCUUUAGAGAGUUCCUACUGCACUAUGACCAGUUUAGCAUGUUAGUUUUCUGCUCAGAUCAUUGUCUAAUGUCAGCAUGUGGAGAAAUGUCAGCAGUCAAAGUAGUUCAUUAUUGAAGACACCUUUCCCAUGAGCACUGCUGUUGAAAGGAUGAAUAUAUUUAUUGAUAUAUAUACAUUUUUCUUGAAUAUAGUCAAAACAAUCUUUGACUGCAUUGUUGACUGAUGGCAAACAGUGCGAUAUCUGAUCUUUGCAGUGUCGUCCAGACCUUGCAUCUUAGGUUCUGCUGCCAUAACACAGGUAAGCGAACCCUAAGGGAAAAAAAAGCAGUUAUUUUUGACAAACAUUACAUGCAAGACAAAGAAUGCUUACCUGUGUCGUUUCCUUGCCUCAAUGCUUUUCUGCUUAAGUGGUGAAGUAAAGUGUCCCAAUGUUACAGUGACCUGCCUUGAUAAUUGAAAUGCAUGAUCAAUGCUUUAGACCUGAACAGUUAAGUUUGACUUUGUUUUUUUAAAGUGACUUUAUCCAGAACACAGUUGUCGUUUUUAAGAUUCUCUUUGAGGAAAACUGUCAUUGUCGAAUAUCGAAUGUUUUUAGAUAUUUAGUCAUGUGUUUGCAUUUAGACCAGUCUGAUAGUGAGUGUACAUCUGAUGCCUUUUUUAGACAUGAAUAUUCACACUGGUAGAAGAAAACUGCAUGCCAUGCAAACCUGUUGCCACAUGUGCUCAACUUUCGGGUCGAAUCAAAAACAGUGACGUUCAUGAUUUUUAAUUUUUUUUUUUUUUAAUUUGAAAUUCCUGUCCUGGUGUAAAUCUGCCCUGUGCAGUGCAGUGUAAACCUGCUAUUGAAACGCUGCUGCCUUCACUUCUCACUCACAGUGUUGGAGGAUGCUGCAAGCUUAGCACGUAGGGUCAGGCCCUGUCGUAGUUUGCCCCACACAAAAGGAGGAAUCCUUUGAGUCAGUCCCAGUCCCUGCUGUGAAUGUAGGCCGUUCAAGAGCUCCAGUCAUAAGGUAAAAACCAAUCAAUGAAUUUGAAUGAUCUGAUUGCAAAAAAAAAACAAAGUGAUGGUCAGAUGUUUGUUUGCUCCUGGGAUUCAUGAAAUGUUUUGAUACAUGCCAUGGUGUAUUUUCCUGAUCAAAUGAUGGUGUUUCCAAUGCCUGCAUUUUAACCUGGGAAUAAUUAGGAAUGUUGGUUUGAAGUUGGACGAGGACAGGAACUGAUUUGUUUUGACAGACGUGCAUCGACGUUCUAAGGGGCAGUAAAGUCAUCGGGGGGGUCGCAGUUAGGGCAGUUUUUGGUUUGCUUGCUCACUUGUGUACGUGUGAUGCUCGGUGCCUGACACAGAGGUGGAGUAGGUGUAGAAGACUACAGGAGCAUGCCUUAGAUGAAGGUAAAGAGUUUCAUGUGCUGUGUAUAUGAUCACAUUUAUUGGUUUGUUUGGUUUGAUCUGUACUGACUUCUGAGAUGUUCAUGUCCAUCAAUAAAGUUGUAAAAAGUA